GAAUUGUCUAUUGAUCCGUCGUUUGCCCCACCGAGAUCUGUGGAGGAAAGUGAAAUCAUUUAAUAAAAAAAUUUAGUUUUUAAGGUUUUCAUUGAAAAAUUCAAUAAAAUAGCUACAAUUAAAUGCAAUAGAUAUUCUGUAAGCUCAGAAAAUAUUCUUAAGAACCUAGUAUUCUUAGACCUUACUCGGGUGCUACGGGAAUGUUCAGCUGCAGAUAGUUUACUUUUGAUCCAAGAUUCGCAAGGCUUAAUUAAUCAAAACAAUUCGGAGGCUCGCUGUCUCUACAUUGCAGAGACUUUGAGACUAAUCGGUCCGUCAGCGUCAAACAGUGAGUGUAGUUUAGUGGGCGUUGCAAUGUAUCAGUGAAAGGCCAGCGGCCGAAGGCGACCCGCUGAGGGUGUCAUGCUGGAGACGCGGUCGGCGCGCGCCGCAGAUUCGGUGUGGGCUAGUAAGCCGCUGCCAGCACCUAACGCCAUGGCCAAUACGAGGCACGGGAAGAACGCUCAGGAUGACGUGUGCUAUGUUGUAGCAAAGUACGAUUAUGCAGCUCAAGGUGCCCAGGAGUUGGAUCUUCGUAAAAACGAGAGGUACCUUCUGCUUGAUGAUUCGAAACACUGGUGGCGCGUGCAGAAUGCUCGCAGCCAGUCUGGCUACGUGCCCAGCAAUUAUGUCAAGAAAGAGAAACCAUCGCUUUUUGACAGUAUUAAGAAGAAAGUGAAGAAAGGUUCGGGUUCGAAGACACUCCCGUCGAACAGUUCGCCGGUGCGCGGGGCGGGGCCCGAGUCCCCCAGCGCCGCCCGACGGACGGACGCCGGCGACGCGCUGGGGGCGGCGCUCGUCAAGUACAACUACCAGGCGCAGCAACCCGACGAGCUCUCGCUCACCAAGGGCACGCGCAUCCUCAUCCUGGAGAAGAGCAACGACGGCUGGUGGCGCGGCCAGUACCAGGGACACACCGGCUGGUUUCCAUCGAAUUACACGAGCGAAGAAGGUGACAAUGAAGACCCCGUGCACACCUACGCGAUGGCUGAAAACGUUCUGGAUAUUGUUGUGGCGCUGUACUCGUUCUCGUCGAACAACGAACAGGAGCUGUCGUUCGAGAAGGGCGACCGGCUGGAGAUCGUGGAGCGGCCGCCCUCCGACCCCGAGUGGUACCGCGCGCGCGACCACCGCGGCCGCCUGGGCCUCGUGCCGCGCAACUACCUGCAGGAGCUGGCCGACUACCUGGCGCUGCCCUACGCCGAGCGGCCCCCGGACCGCGGGCCCGCCGGCCGCGCCUGGUACUACGGCGCCAUCACGCGCACGCACUGCGACGCGCUGCUCAACCAGCACGGACACGACGGCGACUUCCUCAUCCGCGACUCGGAGACCAACGCGGGCGACUACUCCGUGUCGCUCAAGGCGCCCGCGCGCAACAAGCACUUCCGCGUGCACGUGGAGGGCGGCGCCUACUGCAUCGGCCAGCGCAAGUUCCCCUCGCUGGAGCUGCUGGUGGCGCACUACCAGCGCGCGCCCAUCUACACCAACAAGCACGGCGAGAAGCUGUACCUCGUGCGCCCGCUGCCGCGCCCAAAGCUCUGCUGAUCCGCAUCCGACAACAUUCACUACUUUAAGGCCUUCAGUUAAAGGGUAUUUUAGCUCCUCACCCCUUGUCAGUUAAGGUUCCCACCAACGUCACGCCGGACUCGCAGGUCGUUCGUAAUCAUUAUUAGAAUACAUACAUUAUCAGCUAGCGACAACUUCACUUAUCAUUAAACUAUUACAAUCAUAAUCGCUUGACGUUUUCUGUAGCUUUAAAUAAUACUCAUUGCAUACAGUAAAACGACGCUCAGUGCCCCGCGCGCGCCGCCGUGCUCUGGUCGGAGGGACGCACUAUGGGAGGACGUUCAUUAAAUGAAUAAAAAUUUCAGAAUAUAUCUUAUUCAAAAAAUAAUCUUCAAAAUUUAUGUGAAAUUAGUUUAAAUACAUUAAGUAGGUUUUUAUAUUAUCUUAGCUUUUAAAUAUAGCAGCCGACACGGCUCUAUGUAGCGCGGGGGCGGCCGGGAGCUGCGCCCCCCUGCCCCGGUGCUCCGCCGGCGGCGCACUCAUAUAGCGAUAAUCUGAAAUAUAUCGAUAGGGGAACGUCGCAAAUCAGUCUUCGCAAAAUUAGUCAAUAUUAUAUGGAUAUAGUAUUUGAUAGCUAGAAAGAAUAUUACCAGUCCAAACCUAUGGAGCGAGGAGACUUGGCACGACUUAAUUACGCGGUUAUGCACGACGCGCACCGCACAAUGGUAACGCACGACGCGGCGGUGUGCGGCGUGCUGUCUGACCCAUCGCUAGACACAGUCCUAGAUAAAUUCAUUAAUGAAACUUAUCCAAAAUGUCAAAAUCGGCAUCAUCGGGAUGUCAUUUGCGUAUCAAGAAUUACCUACUAUAUUUAUUACUCAUUAAUGCUUUGUGAAUUGUAUCAAUAAAAAAGUUUAUUGAUAUUUGAUGUCAAAUCGUAGUUCACGGGCUCGAAAAAUGUUGACCGAAACAGGUUCAACUGAGAACUUGAUUACGGUUUUGGAGGCCCCCGAUGUAGUGCCCCGGCAGGCACCCCGCGCCCCCCACCCACGCCCCCUGUACGUCUCGCUCUAAGCGCGCGCAGUGAGCGAGACGUGACGUCAGCGGCGCGCGGACACGUCAGCGUAGCGUAGAAGUUAACCCAAUUUUGUAUGCAGUUAGAAUAGCGCCCCUAGCGGCAAACGUACACAAACGAUUCCAUUCCAUACAAAUAUGAGCUAACUUUAACGCUAUCGAGAACGUUAAAAAACUCGCACUAAGCACACUGAAAACGAUCACGUGGUGACGUGCUGCGCCCUUUACCCUGUGGGAUGAGCACGAUAUUUACUUUAGGGAUCAUAACGCAUCAACGAAACGCUGAAGUCUAAACCGAACAUUGUGUUAACACGUAGACAAUUAAUUGUACAACAUUUUAUAUUGUAAUUUAUACAUUGUAGUCGUAUUUAUACUGAAUCGUAUUUCGAAUCAAUAUUAUUUGUAACAGCUAUCUCUGUCACUCAUAAGCGUAAGAAAGGGAUGGCUGAUUUCAAUAUUCGUUCACCGUACACGAUUAUUGAAUUAUUAAUAUUGUACGAGAUCGUCACGUCUUCAAUGAACAGUGACAGUAAAACUAGUGAAUACUGACAGUGGCAGCUAAUUGCGUUGUUAUUAUUAUUUUUGUAAUUAUUUUUCUAGUUAAGGUAAAAAAGAAGGUUUUUAUUUCGGACAAAUUUUUUGUUUAACUUUUUUCAAGGUAAAUAAGUAUUGAUUUAUUUUUGUUAAAAAUUUUUAAGUGACUUCCACAAACGAGUACCUCUGAGAAAUGACUGAUUUCAUAUAGAGUUGUUUAGGGACACGAACGGACGGUUGUUCCCGCAGCCUGCAGCCGCGCUCUCUGCGCCGAACUAUAUUUGCAUUUACAUAAAUCAUUUAUUUUUGUAAAGAUAUUGUUUUUGUCUCUUUCUCACAUUCGAUGGAUGGUUUUGAGCAGUGAAGAUACAGUAAAUAUUUUCCGAUAUUUAGAUGCUUCUUUUAGAAGUCAGUUUUAUAAUUCAUUGUGGAAUAUUUACAUUGGCGGUCAAUUUGCGACUGUCACUCCCUUAGUAUGAGAGGAAAAUAAUCUGACAACCCUAGAGUCCUGCAAUCGCACCUAACGGGACAGCUACCGGUUGUCAGCCGGCUAGUUGACAUUGUUAACGACAUGGCUGUGCGUUGCGUCCAGCGUGCGCUUAUAAUAAAAAUAGUAUUCAUCGCAUUUAUUGUUUGAUUAGAAUAGACAGCGCACAUGGGCCCGCGAGCCGCCCACAUUUGUGUACAUUUUAGAGGUUAGUUCGAAGCGAUCACUUGUGACUUUUGUGUCGUGCUCACUGCUGGCAGUACUGCUGCGGUACUAGUGCCGUACCAGGCGAUAUUGUUCUGAUACUAGUACUAUACCUUGCGAUAUCUGACACUAGUGCCAUACCAGGCGAUACUUUUCCGGUACUAGUGCUAUACCAGGCGAUACAGUUCUGGUACUAGUGUCAUACCAGGCGAUGCUGUUCUGGUACUAAUGCUAUGCCAGACUAUACUAGUGCCGUACCAGGCAAUACUGUUCCGGUACUAGUGCCAUACCAGGCGAUACUGUUCUGGUACUAGUGCUAUACCAGGCUAUGCUAGUGCGGUACCAGGCGAUACUGUUUCGGUACUAGUGCCGUACCAGGUGAUACUGCUAGCGGUACUAGUGCCGUACUGCUACGGUGUUAGUGCGAUACAAGACCGCUUCUAACAUGACUUCUGAUACUAAAUAUGUAAUCUGUAUAUGUGGUUGUCAACGUAUUUUGCGACUGACUAAACUAUAUUUAGUAUAAUUUUGUUGUUUUUUUUUUACGCAAAAUUCUCAUUAUUUGUAAGCUUGAAAGGUGUUUCUUUACAAAAUAGAAUUUUCUUAAAAUAAAAAAAAAUACUAUAGAACCAUAAAAAUAUGGUGUCCGAAAUACGGUGGCACAAUAAAUUUUAUAUAUACUAGUUAUAAUACAGUUCUUCAUUUCGACUCCCGGACGUUGCGACAAAGUCACAGGCGACGCGCGAGCUCCCAGCCUCCCCGAUGCAUUUGUACGUUAUGUGGUCGGGGCGCGAUCGAUUGUGACGUCACAGUGAGUCUGCUAGCUCUGUCGCGGUGACGAACCCGUUAGCGAAGUUGAGGAGUCUGAACGAUCUCCAGCACUCGACACUUUGCAACGAUCACUCGGAAGGGUUUCUGGGAACUGUUUUUUGUAUGUAUCGCGUAGGUUAGACGUGCCGAUGUAGUUUAUAAACUGAUGUCAUUUAUAGCCUUUUUGUACACGAAGCGUUAAUUAAAUAUAACAUAUUGUAACUUGCACUAAUCAAUUAAGCUUUACUCGUAAAACUAUGCCAAAAUGAAUUAAUGAAAUUGGAUCUACAUUCCCUGAAGCAUCUCGUACCGGCGACGACGGCCGAGUCUGAUUUGUGUACCGCGCCGCGGACACGCCUCGAUAUACUAAUACACUUUUGUAUUUUUAUAAUAAAUAACGAUUAAGAUAAUAUUAAACUAGUCAAAAACAUCGUUUAGUUAUUAUAUUAACUGAAAAGUAACUAGUGAUUAAAUAAUUAAGUGCUUGUUUCGUCAGCGGUCCCGUCAUAGAAAACGCGGUGUAUGGACUUAAGGGAUUUGUAAGGUAGCGGCAACAGCAUACGUGAGCUGUCUGCGUGAUGCCCGCGGGCAGCUGCAUCCGGCGCGGAGGCGAGGACGGGUUGGAUCCCCACAUCGACCCAUACGGUUGUAUGAGGCAAACAACAUCUCUACAACAGUUGUCAUUUAAGGUUCAUCCGCGUCGGGUCGCGUCGGUCGGCUGUAAAUAAUAGUUUGCCUAACUUUUUUAUUCCAUAAUAAUUAUUCCCAGUGUUUUGUACGGGCGGUGUAUAUACACCCGUUAUAGUUAAGGCGGUACAGACUUGCUUAUUUAGUUGUAGUUCCAGAAGGUUCGUUCUCUGUGACGUCACGAGUGAUGUACCGUAGCAGAGUCCCGGUCGAGGUCCGGAUGUAAGUCAGAUUCGCCAGUCGCGCCGCGUCGUCGUACCGCCACACGCACCAGCUUGGAACGGUCGAUCUUUCAAUAAGUAUAAUUAGUAUUUAGACAUGUAAUAGAGUGAUUGAGUUUUUUUUUUUAUAUUGCUCAAAGGUAUAUGAUUUUAUAAUGAUUUAUUAUAUUUAAACAUAGCGUUUGGAAUGUUUGAUGUACAUUGUAUGGUAUAACGCGCAUAUUAUAUGUAAUAUCGUAAGUGCAGUGUAUUAUAUUUAACAUUAUAAUUUAUUUAUUAAUUUGCUAA